AUGUCCUGCAUCUUUUGCCGCAUCAUCAAGGGCGAGAUUCCUUGCAUGAAGCUCUUUGAGAGCGAAAAGACGCUGGCUUUCCUCGACGUCGGGCCACUCAGCAAAGGUCAUGCUCUGGUCAUACCCAAGUAUCAUGGUGCAAAGCUGGCCGACAUUCCCGAUGACCAGCUCACAGAAAUUCUGCCCACCCUGAAAAAGCUGGUUUCCGCAACUGGCGCCGUUGACUAUAACAUACUCCAAAACAACGGUACCAUAGCUCACCAACAGGUUCAUCAUGUUCAUUUUCACAUGAUUCCAAAGCCCAACGACGCAGAAGGCCUCGGAAUUAGUUGGCCUUCCACACCAGGUGAUAUGGACAAGCUCAAGGCCCUCUGCGAGGAUAUCAAGUCCAAAAUGUAG